AUGACACCCUGUAUGAAACUGGAAAACUUGACUGGCGCUGGGCUUACGAAUUAUACUCGUUUCAAAGACGAGAAUGGAUGCGAACAUGGUUUCGCAGGGUGCCUUGAUUACAUCUGGACGGAUUCAGCUUUAGUGCACAGAAUGGCGCCACGCCCAUCUCUAGAACAAAUGGCAAAAUAUGGAGCUUUGCCUUCCAAAAUAGCACCAAGCGAUCAUAUUCCAUUAUUUGUUUUAGAUUUUAUAGACAAAGUAGAGUGA